AUGAAGGUCGCAAUUGCAGGACUCGGAGACGUCUCCAAGUAUCUCCUGGAAGAGCUUCCAAAGGAAGGUCAUGACCUUGUCGCCCUCACUCAAAGCCUCAAGCCGCACAUCAUGACGGUCGAGCAGCGAGUGACCGACUACUCUGUCUCGAACCUCAAGAAGCAUCUUGCCGAUUGCGACGCCGUCGUUUCUGCAAUCACCAUCCACGCCCCAGAGUUUUCCUCCAUCCACCUGGCACUUCUUAAGGCUUGCAAGGAGUCUCCAAAGUGCAAGCGGUUCCUCCCCUCUGUUUGGGCUGGAAACUAUGAAGAGGUCAAUGACCAGCCGCUCUACGCUGGUGAGGAUCUACUACCCAUCCUCGAGGCCCUCCGGGCGCAGAAAGAUGUUUACUGGACUUUCUUCUGCCAGGGAUGGAUGGUGGAUUACAUUCUCCCUUCCGAUCAACGACAUCUCGCUGAUUUCGGCAAACGAUGGGUUCAAAACUACGACACCAAGGUCUUCACCCUCUAUGGAAAUGGCGCCCAGAAGGUCGACUUUACGUCGGCCAGAGACACGACCCGUGCUGUCGGUGUGCUCCUGAACCAUGACCCCGAAACGUGGGAACAGUUUACUUGUGUCUCAGGCCAACAAAUGACCUGGCGAGAGCUCUGGGAGUUCGUUAAAGCACGGGAACCCGAGUAUACGCUCCAGAAGAAGUCACUAGCCCAGAGCAUCAAACAGUUCAUCGCAAAGAGGAGCAAGGAAGAGGUGGCUGCAGCCAUGUACGAGGUGAUGGGGCACAGCGACGCCUUGGCGUUUCCGGACGGCAAUGUAGAGCGACACCGAGAGAAGUUCUUCAAGGGCAUGAAAUUCCGGACUCCGGCCGAGCUGUAUGAUGAAGCCGUCGCAAACCCUGGGAUUAUCAUUUAA